AUGUGACAAAGAUUAAGCAUAUUUAUUAUUUGGCUAGAGCUUUCAAUUCAAUCUGUAGCAUCACAUGAUGAUGAAAUUACAAAAUUCUUCUUAAUCAGUCUAUAGAUUUUUUUGCUACAAUUAAAUGCGAUAAUAUAUAUAAAAAUAAUUGAAUAUGUUUUUUUUUAGUAUAAAAAAAUUUAAAAAUAUAAUUAAUAGGUCAUAUCAAACUAAUUUUAUUAAAUUUUAAGUGGCGUCAUAGAGUAUAAUUUUUUGAGCUAAAAAUUCAGGCUUUAUAACCAAAAAUUUUUUGUAAUAUAUAUUAUUUUCAUUUUAGCUAGCAAAUCUCUUGCUCGCUAGCAAAGAGAAGGAGUAAGUGAAAUUGAAGAUUAUGUAAAAAGCAACACGUUUGAAGGCAUACCAAAACUCUCAGCUUCAGGUUGCAAUCCUCCAAUAAGCAAUUGUGUCUCUUGUAUUACACCUUCAAAAUGCGCAAGCUGUUCAGCCAGCUAUCUUCCAAAUGCAGAUAAUACUCACCUCUCUUAUGCAAGCAUAUAUUUUGUUAAAUAACUCAUAAAAUCUUAAUUUAAAAUAAAUUGCUAGUAUUUUUUUAUUAUUUUUAACUGUCUAAAAUUUAACAGAAUUUAAUUAAAAUAUUUAUAAGUUCUAUUAGAAUAUUUUUGAAAAAAUAUUUUCUUAUUCGUUAUUAAGGAUCAUUUAUGCACGGAGAGCCAGUGGCUCAUUUUGUGAAACUUGCAAUAA